GCCAGCUUGAUUUAUGCCGCGGCGCCAAGUUUGAAGACAACGUCGACCUUGUCCAAAGCUUCACUGCCGGUCAAAUCAUCAGGAUGCAGGCGAUUCUACCCAUCCCCCACGAAGGACCAAUGAAUGUCUCAGUUGUCGAUACAGCCACAAAUGCUGUGAUCGGUGAUCCAUUGAUCGAGUUUGCGAGCUACGCGGAUGAGAGCCUGGCAGAAUUACCAGCGAAUAACACGGACUUUUCAGUCACAAUUCCACAACUGGAAGCAGGGCAGUGCGCGCAAGCUGGUGAUUGCGUUCUGCAAUGGUUUUGGUUUGGUACUGCAGCUCAACAGACGUAUGAGAGUUGCGUGGAUUUUGUCUUAGUGUAAGAAUGCUCGUAGCUGCAGCGUAUGUUAUAGCCAAACUAUAGAUAUCCAGCUUGACGAAGUCGCAUAAAUCCCAAUACCUAUCAUGUGGCUGGUUUUUUUUCCUUCAACUUAUAUGCUCUUAAGGUUGUUCCAUAUACAAUAUCAGUGAAAGCCCACUGGCGACCAGCUCUAGCUCCCGUUGAGUAUUAUGUAUGACCUGUUGUACAGUAUGGGACCGUUUAAUGUAGCGAUAAUGAUAACCUGGCUGAAUCGAUGUGUAAAUCUGCUUUGGAACUUGAUGAACGCGACGACGUUCGAAGGCAGUUUGAAGACGAAUCAGCAUGGCUCAAAUAGGAUUGUCUAAGAUAGUAGCGAAUUGAAUAUACAGGCUUGAGGGUGGCAGAUACGCAGGUUACCGUUAUCAGUUUGUGC